CUCUACCUGUCCACUGCGGGUCCCCACCUUCCACGAAGAAAAUGUAAAAUAACUCAGUGAGAAUUAAACCAGCGGGCACUUUGGACCACGCUAUGAAGCUUAGUUUUGUUUUGGUUUUGUCAGUUUGGCUGACGGUACUUUGUUUAUCAGAAGCCAACACACCACCUCAUGCCGUUAACCCAGAUCAUCACCACGCCAAAUCCAUAGAGCAGGCUCACGGUGACCAAAAAAAAGAUGAAAAACACGUCGUUCACAAACAGACAAAAAAAUCCGGCAAAAAGUCAAGUCACGAUGAAGAAACUUCGAACAAGGGGGAAAAAUUGAAUGAGAAACAUGUGAAAACCGACGACGAACAUGGUGGAAAGAAAACCGAGCAUUUUUCUCAAGCCGGGCACCAAAGUUUCAAGCAACUGCAGGAGGAUUCCCAACAUGGCGCCAAAGCACAAGAAGGGGCACAUCACAAGAAAGGCAACUACAAGAAGGGAUUCAGGGAGAAGUACCACAAAGAUGAGUUGAAGAAACACGACAGUUUUUACAGUAACUCCCAUAAAAGUGGUGAAUACAACGUUUUCGGUAAAAAAAGUCAAAAACACCAAACUCAUUCAUUGACUAAGAAGAAGGCGAACAACCAUAAGAACCAAAAAUCUGAAGAUCGCCAUGGAAAAUCUGGAAAAUCUCUAACUGGACAGAACGUGGAUGUGAAGAAAGGUCACCAAGAAUCCAAAGCUGGGAAGUCUCACCAUGAACACAGUACCAAAUGGGCUAAAAAAAGUUCUAAGAAAGGUGGAAAACAGUUUAAACAAACCGUUCAUAAAUAAUUACUUAUAAUAGUAUUUCAUAAAAGGUCUUGAACGUUGUUGUCUCCAAUAUUCAGGUCACUAUUAAUAUUUUCGAAUUAAAAUAAUUUAUUCCAGAAUUAUCCAAAGGACAUUAUAUCGUAAUAUUUUAUAUCGUGUAGUAUUAGAAGAUAAUUUAUAAAAAUACAUUAAUAAUAUUUUUAA